AUGGACUCCAAUCCGCCGUCGCAGCCGCCGCAAGCAGCAGCAGCAGACGCCGGCGAGAAGCCGCAGCAGCCGGCCUUCGAGGCGCCAGCGCCGCAGCCGGUGAGGGAGGAGUACGUGCAGAACGCCGUCAAGUUCCUCUCCCACCCCAAGGUCAGGGGCUCCGCCGUCGUCUACCGCCGCUCCUUCCUCCAGAACAAGGGCCUCACCGCCGACGAGAUCGACGAGGCCUUCCGCCGAGUCCCCGUACCGCCGCCCACCACCGCGUCCCCUCCGACCCAGGCCCAGGCCCAGGCCCAGGUCCCCGCCGCCGCCGCGCCUCCGCAAGCUUACGCGCAGCCAGCGGCGGGGCCCAUCAUCGUCGCCGCGCCUCAGCCCAGGCUCACCUGGUACCGCGCCUUCGUCGCCGCCGGGCUGCUGCUCGGCUUCGGAGCCAGCGCCGCCGUCUUUGUCAAGAAGCUGCUCCUUCCCAGGCUCAAGUCAUGGAUCCGCAGGGUCGUCGCCGAGGGCGAUGAGGCGACCGAGCUCAAGGCCAAGAUCGACGAGGAGACCAGGGAGGCCGUCAAGGCCUCCGCGACGGCCGUUUCCGCCAUCGCCCAGACCAACCAGGAGCUGCUCGCUUCCAAGGACGAAGAAAAGAAGAUACUUGUGACUUUGACGCAGGCCCUGGAUUCCCAAGCAAAGGUGUUGAAAUCGCUGAGCGAGUCGUUGAGCCAUAAUAGCCGGGACUCCGUAAAUAUUACCAGGGAGGAUAGGUUUUCGCACUACCGCCCACUGGAGGAUCAUGGCCCCUCUGCCGCGAGGAAUGGCCCUGUUAACACUCCAUGGAGACCUCCUCAGCAACCUAAUAUGUAUGGUGCUCCAAACAGUGACUUCGGCUCAGGGAGGCCUUCGUUUGCGCCAGCACCUACUGAACCUACCUCUGGGUCAUAUUCAAGAUCUUAUGUUGAGCAGACGGUACAGCGAGGGGAUAAUAGAUCUUCUGGGACCAAGACGCAGCAGGCAUUGGAGAUGCUGCAACACGCAGAGCAAAAGCUUGCUUAUAGAUCCAACGCCUACUUGAGCGAGGAUGGAUCGUACUCUCAAGCUCAGGACAACUAUGCCCCCUCGUACCACCAGAACGGGAAGGCCCCUGAUUUCCACGCAGAGGAGCCGAGGCCGCUGGCGUACGGCGGCGGUGUUGUGGAAAGGCCGCCGCCUCAGCGCCAGUGGGUCCCCCCUCAGCCUCCAGGUGUCGCCAUGCCGGAAGCGGCGGCCGCCAUCCGUCAACAGAAGUCCCUUACGAAGCAACCGUCUAGCGACACGUCCGAGGCUGCUGGUGAGGUGCAGGUGAACGGCGCCGCGAGCUCGCCUUCCGUCGCUGCCGCUGAGGUGCCGGUUAAUGGGAGUGCCGCAAUCGAUGCUGGACGCAGCGAGAUCGAAGAGCAGCAGGCGGAAGCCGUCUAA